AUGUCAGCGCCUAUACCUCCGACACGAGUGAAUCAAAAGAAUCAGAAGAAAAUCAGCAAGGAACAGCAACAACAACAGGUUCAACCGCAACGACAUAAAGAAUCAGGAGUGAUUAAUCAGUUGGAUGUGUUGUCCACAUCCUCACCAUCGAAUGCAUCUCCGAAGAGCGUCAGCAGCAGAUCACGAACUCAUUCGUCUGCAUCCUAUGCAUCAAACACCCCUCAGAUGGCACCAUCUCAAGUAACCACAUCCGCACAAAAGGAACAUUCGCCUAUUUACAAUAUGCGUGGUCAAACCGUUCGACCUCAAUCUGUCCCUGAACCGUCAUUGGUGAGUUCAGUGGCAGAAUUAGUGCAUGAUGUGAUGCCACAAGGGAGUUCACAACAACCAACUGUGGAACGCAUCGAAUGGGUUUGCAUUCAGAAAUGUUAUGCGGGUGAUGACUGCAAACGAAUCAUCGAUGUGAUAGUGAUCGGUUUAGCGCGAGGCUAUCAAAUAUGGGCCUUGAUGGAAUCGGGUGAUUGCGAGGAAAUUCUCUCGGAAAGACAAGGUCCGCUACGGGUUGGUCGGUUAUUAGCAUCUGAUCCAGAGCCGGUUUUUCAGAUUCAUGAAGACAGUUAUGCAACUUCACGACCUUUAUUUGCAAUAGUUGAUGGCAAUUGGCAUGUACCAGAUCGACAGUACUGUACUCUAUCGUUUUUAUCACUUAUCAGCGCACAAUUCGUUCGUCGAAUCGCGUUUCCAGAUCCCAUUUGUGUCUUUGAAGCAUCAACUAAAAUAUUGGUAGUGUGCUUUACGAAUCGUAUUGUAAUCUGUGAUGCAAUGUCUCUUCGUGAACAGAGAUCUAUUUACAACUGUCAAAUCAAUGAUAACAUAACAACACCGUUUGCUAUAUCAGAUGUAUUCAUCGCGUACGCUGGCAGCGAUUUAGUCCCAGUAGAUCAAAGUUGUGGUGGUAUGGCGAUUGGUGAAGAAAUGGCGACCACAUCAACAUCAUCAUAUACCUCAGGUGUUAUCAGUGUUGCUAAGAGCCUAACAAAACGGGUGUCUGCGAUCGGUGAAACAGUCGUAUCAACGUUAUCGUCUUCACCUCAUUCAAGAGCACUCCUCAGUUCAAUUGCCCACCCAGGAAUCGUCACGGUUGUGGACGCCACCAAACUUCCAUCUGACGACGAUUCUGAAAAAUCCAUCCUCUUAGGGAGACUACGGAGAUGGGAAGAGCAAAAAUUAAUUCUGCUUUGCCCGCGAGGACGGAGAGAGGAAGGUAAAUGUUUGCUCGUCUCCGUAAGGAAGGAAAUACAAAUUUUCUGUCCACAUGGAACGAGAAUGCACACUUCUCAUUGUGAACGUUCUGAGGCCAUCAUUGCGCACUUCGUGGCACACGCUGAACCGAUCGGUUACGUGAAAUUCGCACCGGGCGCUCAAAUGUUACUCACUUCGGGUCAAUCAUCCACAUAUUUUCAUAUAUUUUUGCUUUAUCCUCAUCCUGGAUCUCCUGCACUCGGUGCUGUACGUCAUAUUUAUACGCUCUAUAGAGGCACUACCCCAGCAAAGGUUUUAUCAAGUGCCUUCUCAAUGGACAGCCGUUGGUUAGCGUUAGCCACAAAUCACGGCACGACUCAUCUGUUUGCGAUUUGCCCUUAUGGUGGAAAUGUUACGUUACGAACGCAUGGCUCACGUCUUGUCAAUCGAGACUCAAGAUUUCUUCGAUCGGCUGGUCUCGUUGAUUCAGUCGACUCGUUCGCAUGCUCAAAACCGGUCGACAUAAGAGGUCAUCAGUUUGGUGCGCCGCAAAUUUACAAAGAGCACCCAUGCUUGACACGUGCUUGUGUUGCACGUUCGGUGGGCAAUCCUCGAAUUGGACCGUAUCAAAACCCGAUUGCGAUGAAUGCAAUCGCGAAAAUUAGACAGCAUUAUUUAUCAGCUGAUAACCUGAGUGCUUGGGCUAGUGAUCUAACAUCGGUAUCGUUGUCGUCAUCCUCGAAACGGACUUAUGGCUCUAGUAUCAGAUCAACAGAACAACAUCGUUUAUCGGUAUCAUUCGCAUCGAAUCCGGUUUCACCAUACGAACAACCAUCCCUGCUGAUAAUCGGUGAUGACGGUGUUCUAACUGAAUACUCUCUGGAGAUCAGUCCAGUGAUAAGUUCAUCAUCCGCUUCGUCAUCUGCAGUCAACAGUAUCAGUAAUGUAAACUCUGCUUUGAUGAUCUCGUCUACCUCUAACCCUCUCCCUAUUUUAUCGUCCACCACAUCCAAAACUUCCACCCAUCACCAACAUCAUCAUGCUCGUCUCAACUCGGAAUCUCCAAUUCAGUGCAAAAUUCGUGCAAAUGCCAACUGGGUCCUUCAAAGAUAUAAGUCGACAGCAGACGUUCGUGCACCGUUGACUGAAACAAGUCCGUUCAUCGUGUGGUUGAAUAAUUCUUCAGCAAAAGACAAAGAAGUGGACGAUUCUUCAGAUAGUGAUAACAGUUGUGAUAAUUGGAUUGCUCACAUUGAAGUGUUUACGUACAGUGAACCACAUCGUCGUUUAUGGACUGGUCCUCAGUUCACGUUCAAAACUUAUCUAUCGUCUGGACAUUCCAGUGCAGAUUUGGUUCCACCCGGUGAUAGCGCUGCGCGUUCGUAUCCGGGAAUUAAUGUUAUGAAAUCAAUCCCGGUCAUGAUUGAAGCAGCUAGUUCAUUAAGAAGUUUUGAUGUUGAUGAACCAACUCAGCUUGUCUGCGGAAGUUGGUCAUCAGAUGCGGAAUACAAAAGUUGUGAUGAGCAUUACGAUGUGUUGCGUGAAAAGAUUGAAGAAGCGAUGAAAGAUCUCACAACUGAGGCAAAAUCAUCAGCAAUACAAGUCAGCGUUCGUUCAGUUGGUGUUUGUCGAUUAUUCAUUCCUUUACUUUCAGAUCUGUUCUUACCGGCGAAACAUGAUGAGGGAUCAACCAGCGACGUGUCCCAGAAUUCACCACCAAGUGGACCGAAUUCAUCGUGCGGUAGCAGAGAUCGUGAUAGGGAUAGCAUAUCUUUACAAUUCGCCAACAUCGAUAUCUAA